AAUUCAGGCGCGCAAAUUUUCUCGAGCAUUAUACUAGUUGCGAAUUUGAAAAUUGAAUGAAAUGAAAAAGAUUCUAACUUGAAUACACUGAUGUUAGAAAAUUUUUAAAAAUCGUCAAUCGUCUAGAGAGAAAUUGAAAAGUGCUGAAAAUACUUUCUCCUUGCGGGAGGCAACCUCGUUCCCUUGUGUAUAAUUAGGAAAGUGAAUUUCAUUUAGAGAUUGAAUUGAAUCUUUAAGAAAAACAUUGUGUUACAAAACCAUUUCCAUAAAAUUACUCAAAUGUGCGGCUUUUAAAAUGGAAACUUGAAAAAUAUUUUUGGAUUUACUUUUUGAAAUAUGUGGUAAUGCAACAACUUUGAGGAUCUCUUUUGGACCCAGAGCCUGAGAAAAUCUGAUUACGCUGACUUGAGAUCGAUGCUGCUUACAAGAUGAGUACUGUACAAAGAUGCUAGUGAAAGUUCAAAGUGAAGAUAAACCUGGAGUCGCGACGACGUUUACACAGCAGCGUCAGCGAGUUUUAGCGCGCAAACACGAAUGUACAAGUGGCGGAAGCGUAAGAGUCGAGAGAAGAUAAUAAGAUAUGAAUAAGAUGCAAGCAAGGAGGAGGACGUGGAUUCGAAAGCACAUGGUCACGUAAAAGUCCUCGAGAAGCAGCCAGUUUCAAAGUCGAAGGAGUGGGUUCAAGUUCAACCAGAAAUUAGUGAAAAGAAGAAAAAAAAAGAAAAACGCGUCCCUUUCUCUGUCCCUGUCGAUGGCGCUCAGGGAAACGGCAAUUAAUCACUACUCCGUUCUCUUCAGUCAUUCAAAUCCCACCUCGCGACGAAUCGAUCUUCCCAAAGGAAGACGCAACUCUGAUAUUUCAAUGACAAUGGGCUCCCACCCCCUGCUAAAUCUGUGCGUAGAUAGUACCUUUUCACUAAUGCUUUACAAAUAAGCACGCCUUUCAAGAUAAACGAUUAAUAUAUCUCUCAGUCUCCUUCUGGAUUCAACUCAAGUAGUCAUUCCAAAUAGUGAGCUCGCCAAGUCUCACUUAAUUUAUUUCAUCAAAUCUGUCGAUUCGAAAGUAAGGGAUAAUCAUUAUGAGAACUCGCUUGGGAUUCUAAUUCAGUUAUAAUGCAAGUGCGGCUUUUAUAAAAACAUACGAGAAAUUCAAAAACUGAGGAACGCUUUGCAAUUUGAAACUCCUACAAAAAUGGCAGGAAGUUACUUGUCGGUAGUUGUCUUCAUUUUCCUCGGGUUUGUGCGAUGGUGUUGUAGUUAUAAUAUUUUAAUGGCAACUAUGGGUGGUACCAAGUCUCACACUAUUCCAUUUAUUGCGCUUGGAACGACAUUGCUCUCAAGGGGUCACAAUGUCACACUCCUUAGUGCUUUCAGCGGAUCAGCUGCUAAUAACGGACUUCAAGAAGUGGUGCCCUCGAUUCUAGAGGCCUACGUGGGUAAUUACACGUCCGAAUGGGAUUUAGUGGGGUCCAGAUUUCGAAACGAGUUGCCAAUUUCUCCAUGGGAUGCAAUGCGGUACGGAUGGGAAGCAUGUGAAGCUUUGCUGCGGGAUGAAGCUUCUGUAUCUUUAUUAAAACAUCCCGAAGGUAACCCCCAAGCCCGGUGGGACAUCGCAAUUUUAGAUGGCGCUUAUCCUGAAUGUCUGCUGGGAAUUAUACAUGGUGAAAGGAUACCGACCGUUAUGCUGAAUACAGUCGCUUUAUACAGUGGUUCAAUCGCACGUCAAGGAAAUCCGUCGCCUUGGGCUAUAAGGCCGUAUUUUGGGAAAGCUCUAACCCAAGAUAUGAAUUUCAUUCAAAGAGUUUUGAACGCCGCUUGCUUGAUGACACUGGAAGUUAUGCACUGGAUCAUGAUCACAGGAUACCUUCAACCUACUCUCAGAAAAUACCUAGGAGAUCAAAUCCCAGAUGUUAGGGAUCUUAUAUCAGAGGUACCAUUAACAUUGCAGAAUAAUCAUUAUUCUGUAGCUGAUUCUGUUCCCUAUUUGUCGAAUGUGGUUAAUGUGGCAUGCCUUCACUGUCGACCAGCGAUGCAGCUCAGUCCUGAAUUAGAAUCCUUUCUAAGACGAGGAUUUAUCUUCGUCUCAAUGGGUUCGUCCGUCCGAGCAUCGGGGAUGCCCGAAGCGCUUCGAUCGAUGUUUGUGGCAGCUUUCUCAACUCUGCCAUUCAAUGUGGUCUGGAAAUGGGAAGGUGGCAAGAUUAAAGAUCUACCACCAAACGUCAGAACCGGUGCCUGGUGGCCUCAGCAGGAGCUUCUAGGCCAUCCAAAAUUGAGAGCUUUUGUGUCCCAUGGCGGCUUACUGUCGCUCCAUGAAGCUGCCUACCAUGGUUCAUCAACUCUGGUCCUUCCGGUAUUUUGUGAUCAUGAUGGGAAUGCCGCUCAAGCUGAAAAACUUGGAUAUGCCCUCGUUGUGGACCUAGCUAGUAUAUCGAUAACCGAUCUUCGAGAGAGUAUUUUAAAAGUUGCCUCUCUCGACAAGAACCCUUACAGAGAAGCAGCUAAAAGGAGAAGUGUGCUGUUAAGGGAUCUUCCAGUAGGAACAAAGGAAUUAGCAGCAUGGUGGGUGGAACACGUGUCAAAGUACGGGGAUGCCGAACAUUUGAAAAGUACUUCUAGACACAUGGGUGUUCUGCAGUAUUACUCGAUCGACGUGGCUGCUUUCUACUUGAUUAUCUUAAUGUUUUUCUUUUUGGGACUAAAGAAAAUAUACCUAAGAGCAGCAACAAGGCAAUCUACGAUUAUGUCUAAGAAGAAGAUGGACUAAUUGAACUUUUGCUCUUGUAUGAUGAACAUGAAAGUAUUAAUAUGUGUAUUUUAUCUAUUAUUUAUUAUUGAUAUAUUUUUGUAGAUUUUCAUGUACGAGUAUAGUGAUGUAUGACUAAUAUAGAUGUCAGUAUGUAUAUUUUUAGUGACUUGAGCCGUAAACCUAAUUUUAUAGAUUUAAAAAUAAAAAAAUAAGACAUUAAAUUGACAUUAAAUUAAACAAUCUAUACCCUCAGUUUUUUAAAUCACGUUAGAAUGUCAAUUUUGAUCGCGUUUGAUCAUACUUUCACAAUUUCCAAACUUCUCACUAAAAUAAUGAAGUUAUCAGUCAGUAAUGUUUUCGGAAAUAUUUGUCUUGAUUUAUCUAGAAACGAAUCCUUAUAAUUUUUAAAAAUAAAACCAAUUUGAAAACUUUAAAAUUGUUAAGGACAUUAGAACUCUAAUUUUUUAUGAGAUGACAUUACAGAUCAUUAAGUACGUGCUUUAAAAUAACUGUCAGCGAUAUUUUAAACAACUUUUCCUGUGGGUGUUCGCUUAAAUUUUAAAUGAGCACCCAGAGGAAAAGUUGUCUUAAAUCAAAAUCAUCGUCCUCUCGCCUGUUUUGUUUUGAAACGUGUGACAAUAUUUUUGACAUUGAAUAGAAUUAUUGAUCUGUCUACGAACUUC